GCUCGCCCUCCACCUCUUUUCCCUUUUUUGCCCACCACCCGCGUCUGUCUUUUCCUCUUCUCUCUUCCUACAUUAACAUCUUCUUCCUCCCUCACUCACCCAGGACCCUUUCCCGUUCUAUUUUUACGCUACGGAUUUAUUUAUUUAUUUCCAUCCCCCUUGUCCAUCUCUCCUCUCCUCUCCUCCAAGGAACCCUUCUUCUACUUCCCCCCUCUGCGCCCUUUGGCCCAUAAACAGAGCUUCAGCUCCCCCGUUUUCUCGCACCCACUGCGCCCCAAAAGCCCAGCCAGAACAACCAAAGAGGCCCAGGCACCGGUACGUCACACCCCCCAUUACCCUUGCGACCGCCCAGGGCAAGCUCCGUUUUCUCUUCCAGCUCGACGUUUCUCUUUUCUUCUUUUCUUCUGCAUGCUGCUGGAAAUCAAAAAAGAAGAAGAGAAAAGCAGCAUCCAUUGCACCCUUUUGCAUCCAUCACCACUACUAGCUGCAACUUUGCCCAAAAUGGAGGCCAGAAACGCCGCAGGCCGAACCAUCUCGCUCUUAAACGACGCACCCUCACCACAGCUGCUUCACCCUGCCCAGCCCAUCUACCGCAGAGAAUAUGUCAACCACUAUCCCACACCCAGAUCAGGAGCCUCGUCGCCAGACACCCCCGAGCUGCUCCGUUCCGACUCAUACGACUCGCACCUUAGUACAGAAGCCGCCAUCUCGCCCUUGACACCGUCCAUCGACUACCCUCGUGCCAGCGAGUACUACCAGCAAGACAAGGCCUCAUCCAUGAUGCAGCGCCCAUCUAUCCACGAGUCGAGCCGUGCCACCUCGUACGAGGAGGACCGCUCCGUGGCCGAGCGCCCAGCUAAGCGCUACCCGUGCCGGUACCGCGACACACAUGGCUGCGACAAGACAUUUACCACGUCUGGCCAUGCCUCGCGCCACUCCAAGAUUCACACCGCCGAAAAGGCCGUCCAGUGCACCUUUGCCGGGUGCCAGAAGAAGUUUACCCGCGCCGACAACAUGAAGCAGCACCUUGAGACGCAUUACAAGGACAAGCCCCGCGGCAGCCAGCGCAAGGCCGCCGCCAUGAACGACGCUCGCCGCAACUCCAACAGCUCCGUUGGCUGCCACCGCUCGUCCACCAUGAGCAGCAGCACCGACUACAUGGCCCACGAGCCCGUCACGCAGUACGAGCUGCCCACGCCUCCCGUAGCCUCUCCUCGCGGCUACUCUGGCUCCUGGGAAGUUCGCAAGGUCGAUUUGCCUCUGCACGGCGGCCCAGCACGCACCGGCCUCGAUGCCCUCGCCAUGGCCAUCGCCUGCCAGGAGACUGCCCACUAAAGAGUCCGUCAUGUCUGCUACAGCGCCCUUUGUUCCCCAGCUGCUCCAGUCUCCGUGCUAUUUUUCGCACAUUACCCGCAACAAAACGUUUGAUCACCAUGACUCAAGGCGAUAUUUUCAUCCCAGCAGAGCCCGCCACCCCUCUGUCUCAUUUCCUUACAACCAUGGAUUUUAUUAGAAAUACGCAUGCAUUGGUCGACGCUCACGCUCACGUCAAGCGUCGUCAUACGACCUUUUUUUCCUUCUUCUUUCAUAUUUUACAUGACAAUUCUUCAUUAUUAAUCGUCCCCCCGAGGACCGGUGUUCUUUUUUUGACGGCAUCCUUUGAGCAUUUACGAAAAAGAAGGACAUGCCUUUUGGCCAGUUUUGGUAUACCCAUACUUUUUAUUUUUGGAUAGGGGACUAGUUUUGAUUUAACGACGACAUGUACACGAAAAAUGGCGUCUCUGGUUUACUCUUCAUUGUUACUAUAUCCCAUUUGAUGGCUUCCAUACACGGAAAGCCUAUUUGGAUUCUUUUUUAGCAGACAAAAACACAUAGAUGUUGCACAUGUAUAUAUAUCUAUGGAAAAACACUGCACUUUUCUUCAAACGUGCCUCGUACCUACGGUUUUGACUGUGCGCGCACUUGACACUGUAUAGGGGACACCGAAAACCGCAUGUUUUUCCAGCAUGGGAUUUCCGGGAUGGAAGAUGUCAUUUUGGUUUUUUUUUCUGCAACGGGACGGACGGUGGCGACACCACGGGACGGUUGUGCGGAUCCUAAUUGAGCCCCCUGAAGGAGGCCAGUGUUCAAAACGGACGGCGAAACGGUGGUUGAUGUGGCGGCGCGGACUAGAAUUAGUGUGGCUAGUGGCGAGCGCCUCGCGAACACAGUGUAACACAACCAACCAACUACCGAGAAUUUGGGCGGCAACAGGCUAAAUUUAACUUUUACAUUGGUCGAUUUAUCUAUACUGUGAGGGGUCAAGAUACUUUACAGUAUAAAUGGAUAUAAGGGUACUUUGAUUGAAAUGCUGCAAUGGAAGGAUAUCGUGAGGCUCAUACGUGAGAGUGUAGUUUCAAAAAAGGAGACUUGAAUGA